AUGUACAUCAAGACGAUCGUUUUCGAAAUGGUACACGUAGUGAGUGAUGGCAACGACGAAUCUGCGCCGGUGAUCCGCGGACUGACGGACCUCAAGCGAAAGAAGCGUUCUGAUCACAAGUCUGCUCGUGGAUCUGUCGAGGCAGCAUCGUUUUACGUGGAGAUGAAACGAUCGGAAAGCGAUCCCGCGGUGUCGAAAGGAGGCGAACCCAUCGAAAGAAAAGCCAAUCGAGAACCGACUCUUGAGCCGUCAUGUUGUGGAAGUGAAUUAGAUAUCCCGCAGUAUCCUACUGUAUAUGUCCACUUGGAACGUAACCGAGACGCAAGCCCAGAGGAGCAGAAUGCAAGAGGAGCGAGGUCCAAUGACGAAUCCGAGAUCGGAGUUGGGAUUACGAUGAACGAUAGCGUGUUGGAUUUAAGCAAGACUGACACGUCCCGGACUAGCCCGGUCGGAUAUACUCAUUCGUCCUUCCUGUGCAGGGCAAAUAUAUUCUGGCACCGACGAGGGGCGGAACUCGCCAAACGAAUGAACAUCGAACACAGCCUCCCGGACGGUCGUGUCGAGCCUUACAUCCCACAAACUCAGUCGGAACAAGUCUCGUGGUCCCGUUCACUUCCUGGAUUAGCAUGCGCAUGCACCUGUCGCACUUCCGGGCACAUCGCGAUUACUGAAAGCAGACGUCGCUCACGAGGGAUGAAGGCGGAGGCGAAAGCAGAAAGUCGAAUCAAAGAGGACUCAAUGCCAGCUACCCUGAACUUUGACUACCACGCUUACAAAGAUAAUCUCAUCAGUAGAUCAGUAGCGCAUAUUGCAAGUUGUCAGACAACGGUCAAACUUGAGGAGAGUCAGGGAUUUAUGUCUCUCCUUGACAGCGAUCGUCCCGGUCAUUCCAACUCUACCGAUUAA